CUUCGAUGUUGGGCGCUUAGCCUUGGGCCUUCCAAAGAUGGCCAUGAGACCAUGCUGCCGCUCACCUGCCUCAAAACUUCGGGACAAUGCUGUCUGACCCGCGCGCAGCCAACCUGGCGCUGGCCGCUGACUCCCCGACGCCGCGCCUAUGGCUUCGCCUUGCUCGCCGCAACUCGCCUCCACUGCCGGGCGCCCAGCCGCUUCCAGCGGCGGCAGAAGCGAGCCACCGCAGACGCGCUGCCCGAGCCGCGGCCGCGGUGCCCACCGCUGACGCCGCCAGCGGCUGCAGAUUACCCAGCGGACUUGCACAGGAAGGCUGAGUCAGUACAGCAGCUACUAUCGGAACGCCUGAGACGGGAUGGCACUGGAGACCUGCAGGUGGUGCCUUCUCCGGAGCUGCUUCACUACAGGCACCGAGUGCGCUUCGAGAUUCGCCACACGGAGAACGAGACCGUCCGCUUCGCCGUGUUUGACCCAGAGGUCUCGGGCUGGCUGUUUGUGGAUCAUUAUCCGAUCGCCUCGCUGCGGAUCAACCAGCUGAUGGCGGACUUGCGCGCAGCGCUGGAAGAUGACCAGAAGCUGCGGUGGAAGGCUUUUCAAGUGGAGCUGCUGUCCAAUACUCAAGGACAGGGUCUGGCGCUGAUUAUGUACCACAGGCGCCUGGAUGCGGAGGACCAGCUGCUGGCGGCUCGGCUGGGGCAGCGCCUGGAGGCCGCGGUGGUGCUGCGGGCCAAGCGCCAGCGGCUGCCGAAGACGGGCGGCUUCCUGCUGCAGGAGAACGAAGUGGCGGGCAAGCUCUAUACCCAGCAGCUGCUAGAAUCCAGCUUCUUCCAGGCCAAUCUGCGCCUGAACCAGCUGAUGCAGACCUGGGUGGUCCAGCAAACGGUGACUCAGCAAGCCACGGACCUGCUGGAGAUGUACUGCGGCAACGGGAACUUCACCCUCCCCGCCGCCGCCAACUUUCGCCGAGUACUGGCCACCGAGAUCGACACCAAGUCCUUAGCGGGAGCGGAGGCAUGCGCGACCCAGGCAGGGGUGGCAAACAUUUUCUUCAAGAAGUGCAAAGCGGAAGAGAUGCAGCUUCAGCUGCCCGACUAUGACUUCAGCACGCUGCUUGUCGAUCCGCCUCGGGCUGGCCUGAGCGAGCGCGCUCGGGAAAUGGCCGAGAACUUUCCUCAGCUGAUUUAUAUCUCCUGCAACCCCCGCACUUUGGCACGGGAUUUGGCUCUAAUGGACAACUUCAGAAUUGAGGCUGCGUGCCUUUUCGAUCAGUUUCCAUGGACAGAUCACGCAGAAGUGGCGCUGCGGUUGGUGAACAAAAAUGCGACGUUGGCGACUUUGCACUUCCAAGCGGCAGGGAAGCGCAUUUGGUUCGCGCUAAUUGUUGUCAGUUGGACUCAGUUGCUGAGAGCGCUGCCAGGCCACAGAGAGGGCUGCGGCGAAAAGAGCCGCGCGGGACAUUUUUUGAGCGGCAAGUGGGCGGCGGCCAAUUUCCGGCGCCGCCCUUUUCCACGGGACCUGACGCAGGAUGCCAUCCGCCCUGCAGCGCGCCUUGAUGUCGCAGACUUGCUGACCCAAGCGUUGGGCGUAGGCAUGCCCCGGCGAUCUGACUUCAUGGCCGGUGGCAGCUCGGCCAGCAGAUCCUACCUUUUGCUGGUACAUCGGGCCGCCAAACAGGUCUUGGAGGAAUGCGAGCCGUACGUCGCCUUGAAGCACUGGCUGCAGCGCGCAGAGGUGCCUCUCCCCGCGCGGGACAUGCCAAUGCCAUCGGCGGAGCGCGCCAUCCAAGCGGCGCAGAGGGCCGUCCAGGAGGCGGACGCUGCCGGCUCGGCAUGGCUCACAGAGCGCGGCGAAGUGUGGUGCCAGGGCUGGGUCGCUGGGGGCGGGGGCGUGCAUAUGCGCAAUGCCCAGCUGAGCGCACAAAACUCUUUGCCUGACGCUUCACAGCCUGAUCUGGCCGGAUGGAUGUCGCAGAUGGGCCGGGGCAAGGCUAUAGCGCGAGGUGGGCCUGCACCAGAGGAGGAUUCAGGGGGCGCCGCCAAGAACCCUCUGGUGCGAGCGCUGUUGCAUGUGCAGUGGGCUUCACUGCUGCAGAAGGCUGGCAAACAUGACCGUGCCGAGGAGCACUUCCGCAGCUCUCUGGAGUUGGUGCCCAGUGCCCGGGCGCACUUCGGCCGCGGCACCUGCCUCGCCGCGCUGCGCCGCCGCGCCGAGGCCGCCGAGGAGCUGGAAGCUGCGGUCCGCCUUUGCCCAAAGAUGGUGGGGGCCUUGAUCAACCUGGCAGGGGUCUACUUGGGCCUCGGGGACUUUCAGAAGGCCGAGAAGCUUUGUCGCGAUGCCCUCGCGUUGGAGCCCGGCAGCCGGGAGGCUGUCAUGAACCUGGCAAACGCCCUUCGCAACCUCGGCCGGCGUGAAGAGGCGGUGCAGCUGGUUUGCCAACAGAUCCAGCAGCAUGAAGCGGAGGUGAAGGAGACUCAGGAUAUCCGGACGCCGCCCAUCAACUGCGCACAGUGGCGCCCAUCCCCCUGCGAGUCGCAGCUUGUCAUCGCAUGCCUGAAGUGGGGCCAGCGAUACAACGCCGACUACGUGAACCGACUCUGCGCCGCCUGCCGGCGAUCUUUGUCGCAGCCAGCGCAGUUUGUUUGCUUCACGGAGGACCCCACUGGCUUGGCAGAGGACAUUGAGGUGAAGACUUUGCCGAAUAACCUGCCGCUUUGGUGGGGGAAGGCGUUCCUUUUCAGCGAGGAGGCAGGCCUAGAUGGCAAGAGAGUGCUUUUCCUAGACCUGGAUCAGGUGAUCGUUGGGGACCUGGGCCCCUUGGCGGCCUACGAAGGGCCCUUCGCAAUUCUGGCCACCGACGGCAUUGCCUGCGAGCUGGCUGCCGGAGGCUACAACUCCUCCGUGAUCUCCUUCCAGGGUUCGCCCUUUUGGCGCCCGCUCUUCCAGCAGCUCACACCAUCGGUGCUCCGAUUCGUUCACCGGUUCGACCACUGGCUGGAGAUGAUGGUGGAUGGGGCCGACCUUUGGCAGAAGCUCCUGCCUGGCAAGGUAGUGGACUACACUGCCGCUUUCCGGGGCGGCGUUUGCAUCGGGGGAGACGACGACGGCGCCUUUGCCCCUGGGCUGGAGGACGGCGCGUCGAAGGUGUCGGCUUCUGAGCCUCCUGCUGGCUGUGCCAUCGUCACUUUUCCGCGCAGCCCCAAGCCACACGAAGUGGUGGAGUUGCAUGGCUGGGUCCAGCGGCAUUGGUCUUGCGCUGAGCCACCGUAG